AUGAGAGGUAACUGGACCACGGAAGAUCCGGUCACGGCUCCUCCGAUGGAUCAGCAGCAGAUAAACGUCGAGUCCCAGCAUUCGCCAGCCACGCCCGCCUGGAAUAUCAGCGACAAAAUCGUGAAGGAGGAGCCGCAGGAGGACAAAAACAAUGACUCCGGGGUGUCGCCGGGUCACUACACGAGCAACUCGGUGUCCCCAAGGAGUCGACGUUCGUCUUCAACGGCGAACGGAAGCCUGUCACCUGGAAGUGCGACGUCACAGGACUCGAACGCGACGCAGUACGAAUACAGCCCCCAGAGAAUAUUCAAAUCUUGCGCUUCGCCCGUUGGAUUUCCCCACGCCAACGGCGCGAGGUCGCCGAAAUUGUCCGCGGCCUACGUCGACGACAUCAGCCAACGGAACAACAGCUUCGCGCAGGCUGACCAACCCCUCGACAUGGUGUCCAGCACCAUGAAACCCGACCACGACGAGGCAGCCAUUAUGCAGUGCCCGAUUUGCCCCUUCAGCACUGCUCAUAGAUUGCAGUUCAACGAUCACUUGACGGCCCAUUCUUCAUCAAAAUUCGACACGCCGGACUUUUCGAAUUCGUCUUACGCGCACGUGAGUUCAUUGUCCGAGGACGGAGCGCGAGGUUCUCCAAGUCAGGGUGAGCGGUCCGAGCAGGAGUUCGACGAGACGGAUGAACCAGGCUUGCGAGUGCCGCGAGUAAACUGCCAAGGCAAGGUGAAGACGUUCAGAUGUAAGCAGUGUAACUUCGUGGCGAUAACGAAGCUCGAAUUCUGGGAGCACAGCAGGGGCCACAUAAAGGCUGAGAAGUUGCUGACCUGCCCGAAGUGUCCCUUCGUAACGGAGUACAAACACCACCUCGAGUACCACCUGAGGAACCAUUUUGGCUCGAAGCCGUUCAAGUGCGACAAGUGCCCGUAUUCCUGUGUCAACAAGUCGAUGCUUAACAGUCAUCUCAAGUCCCACUCGAACGUCUAUCAGUAUCGAUGCGCCGAGUGUUCAUACGCCACCAAAUACUGUCACUCGUUGAAGCUCCACCUGAGAAAGUACUCCCACAAACCAGCAAUGGUUCUGAACCCAGACGGUUCUCCGAACCCGUUGCCCAUCAUCGACAUCUACGGGACCAGACGCGGACCGAAGCAGAAGACCCCAAAGACGCCUGACGAUUCGGGGAACAAAAUGGCCGGCGUCAUCUCAGCACAGAUUCAGGGAAAUCCAUUCGCCAUUGAUCAUCAUCAUCAGCAGGUGCAGAUUGGAAUGCGGCAGAUGAAUUACGGGCAGUUUUUCUCCGCUGUUAAUCUGCCGGUCAACUUCCUCCAGCAGAUACACGACAACAAAAACGAGAUCCGGAAACUGGAGGAGUUAAAAUCCUUCGAUCUAUUUUCCCGGGAGAAGAACGACGAUUUCGGAGCUCAGAGGGACGCGAUGUUGAUCUCACCGAGCGAUUUUUCCGUCGGGAAUCCAAAGGACCCCGAGUCUCCGGCGGAACCGAGUCCUCUGGAUCUUAGCAAACCGGAAAUUGAACGGAAUUCUAAGACAAAUUCAAACGUCAAAAGCGGAGGAACCAGCAGGCGCAAGGGAAAGGCCUUUAAAUUGGACAAAUUGAUGCUCGCUCAGGAGUCGGAUGACGAGACUUCCGACUCCACUUCGAAUCCUGCGACCGAUCAGCUCCGAGCAUUGACCCCCGACGCUCAGCAAGCGAAGGUUAGUCAGGAAAUCACUUCCGGUGGCGCUGCUGCGGACUACAAUUGCCAGUACUGCGAAAUCGCCUUUGGCAACGUCGUUAUGUACACGAUGCACAUGGGAUAUCAUGGGUACAAGAAUCCAUACACUUGCAACAUGUGCGGACACGAGUGCGUCGACAAAGUUUCGUUCUUUCUGCACAUCGCGAGGUCUUCGCACUCAUGAUUAUCGAUCGAAAUCAUUACUUUCUUUUCCCGAUUAUUUUGUUGUUAUUAUUCUACCUUCAUUUUUUCUUUUUUCCGUCAUUUUUUUUUUUUUUUUUUCAUUUUCAUUUUUUUUUUUUUUUACUCUCGUGUGUAUCUAAUCAAAGCAUAUUUUCGUUUCCCGGUAUAUAUUGUACGAAAAAACGAUCGUCAGCUCAAAAUGCUCGCCUUGAAGAAUAAAAAAAAUUUGUUUCAACGUUAACGUCAUACGAAAAUAAUGGCGAAAAAAUUUCGAAACGAUCAUUGUAACCGAAUAAAUAACGAUUGGUUUACACUUAACUUUUGGACUGUUCAAAACUAGCUUGAAUUUC